AUGCUCCUGGUCCACUACACCAGCUGUACCUGUGCGCCUGGUCCACUACACCAGCUGUACCUGUGCGCCUGGUCCACUACACCAGCUGUACCUGUGUGCGCCUGGUCCACUACACCAGCUGUACCUGUGCGCCUGGUCCACUACACCAGCUGUACCUGUGUGCGCCUGGUCCACUACACCAGCUGUACCUAUGCUCCUGGUCCACUACACCAGCUGUACCUGUGCGCCUGGUCCACUACACCAGCUGUACCUGUGCGCCUGGUCCACUACACCAGCUGUACCUGUGUGCGCCUGGUCCACUACACCAGCUGUACCUGUGCGCCUGGUCCACUACACCAGCUGUACCUGUGUGCGCUUGGUCCACUACACCAGCUGUACCUGUGUGCGCCUGGUCGCACUACACCAGCUGUACCUGUGCGCCUGGUCCACUACACCAGCUGUACCUGUGCUCCUGGUCCACUACACCAGCUGUACCUGUGUGCGCUUGGUCCACUACACCAGCUGUACCUGUGUGCGCCUGGUCCACUACACCAGCUGUACCUGUGCGCCUGGUCCACUACACCAGCUGUACCUGUGCGCCUGGUCCACUACACCAGCUGUACCUGUGGACGCCUGGUCCACUACACCAGCUCUGUACCUGUGCGCCUGGUCCACUACACCAGCUGUACCUGUGGACGCCUGGUCCACUACACCAGCUGUACCUGUGUGCUCCUGGUCCACUACACCAGCUGUACCUGUGCGCCUGGUCCACUACACCAGCUGUACCUGUGUGUGCCUGGUCCACUACACCAGCUGUACCUGUGCGCCUGGUCCACUACACCAGCUGUACCUGUGCGCCUGGUCCACUACACCAGCUGUACCUGUGUGCGCCUGGUCCACUACACCAGCUGUACCUGUGUGCGCUUGGUCCACUACACCAGCUGUACCUGUGUGCGCCUGGUCCACUACACCAGCUGUACCUGUGUGCGCUUGGUCCACUACACCAGCUGUACCUGUGUGCGCCUGGUCCACUACACCAGCUGUACCUGUGUGCGCCUGGUCCACUACACCAGCUGUACCUGUGUGCGCUUGGUCCACUACACCAGCUGUACCUGUGUGCGCCUGGUCCACUACACCAGCUGUACCUGUGUGCGCCUGGUCCACUACACCAGCUGUACCUGUGUGCGCUUGGUCCACUACACCAGCUGUACCUGUGUGCGCCUGGUCCACUACACCAGCUGUACCUGUGUGCGCUUGGUCCACUACACCAGCUGUACCUGUGUGCGCCUGGUCCACUACACCAGCUGUACCUGUGUGCGCCUGGUCCACUACACCAGCUGUACCUGUGUGCGCUUGGUCCACUACACCAGCUGUACCUGUGUGCGCCUGGUCCACUACACCAGCUGUACCUGUGUGCGCUUGGUCCACUACACCAGCUGUACCUGUGUGCGCCUGGUCCACUACACCAGCUGUACCUGUGUGCGCCUGGUCCACUACACCAGCUGUACCUGUGUGCGCCUGGUCGCACUACACCAGCUGUACCUGUGCUCCUGGUCCCUGUAG